AUGCCUUACCCUAUCCCUAUCAUAAUCGGCACAACCAUUGCCGCUGUCGGCACCGCCUACUGUUUCAAGAAGGCUCUCGUCGCUCAGCACCGCGCCCAGGGAGCCCCAGGCUACAAUCCAAUCUCUUCGACGCCUGUUGCCAGCCAAGCGAGCUCCGGCCGGAGUAGUGCACUCGAUAACGGGGCCGAGAAGCUGCGCCGCCGUCACCCGGCCGAGAUGUAUGAGCUGGACGAGACUCGCAUCCUGCAAGAUGAGCGCGACGCCCCGCCGCCGCCCUACGCCGUGCGUCGGCGUCAUAUGAGCCGGAAGCCGAUUCCCACCCCGCCGACUGUGCAGCGUGAGACGACGCCCGUCGCCGCUGAGAAAGUCAGUGCGCAGCAGGAGACGGAGAAGGCCAACAUUCUCAUCAGCCUUGACACCGCUGCGCAGCCUGCUGAGCCCGCGGCUGUCGUCGAAAAGGCCGCAGAGCCCGCUGAGCCCCUAGUGGCCGCCGAAAACAGUCGCGACAUGGAGAAGGGCUCCAAGGUCGAGCGCUCCCCAACUCCGGUGCGCUCCGGCGCCGCAAGCGAGCUUUUCAUGCCGAUGCCGCAAGCUGCUCGCCCCUCCAUUCCCCAGAUUCUGCAGGACGAAGCACUCCUCUCGCCGAGCACUGUGAGCUCGGUGCUCUCCUCGCCGCAGCUGCUGGGCACGAGUGAGUUUGGCGACGACGACGUCAUCUCCCUCUCGGGCGUGUCGAACAACACGGCCUCCUACGUCGAUGCAGAGACGUACACGCCCCGCACACUGUCGCCCAUGUCGCCGAGCGACUUCAGUGUCGUCUCCUCGCGCGCGAUCAGCCCCUUCAUCUCGGAAACCGAGGUCGCGCCGGGCAUGGCACAGGUCUUCUCCCAGAGCGGGUGGGACAGCGAGUCGCACCGCUCCGACAGCGAGUGGGAGGUGCUCUCCAACCACCGCUAG